CUUCCACUCCCUUCCCCGGGUUGGGGCAUCCAAGUGUGCGGGGCAUCCGCCGUGGAGGUGUUUGCUGUGGGGGGGGGACAGCGCCAUGUCUAAAAUGGGGACAUCCAUCCAUAGGAACAUCCGCCACAGAGACCUUCACCGUGGUGUGGGGUCACCCACCUCGAGGGGCAGCCAUGGGGAUAUCCACCGUGGAGACACCUGGCGUGGUGUGGGGACAUCUGCUGCCACGCAACCACAGGGAUCUCCGGUACAGUGGGUGGACCUUGUGGUGCGGAGACCUCCGGGCGUGGGGCACGUCUGCUAUGGGAUCAUCUGCCCAGAGGGACAUCCACAGUGAGGAAAUCCAGCAUGGGGACAUCCUGGGAACAGAGACAUCCUGGUGGGAGGGGACAUCUGCUCAUGGGCCACAUAGACAUCCAUGUGUGACACGAAGGCACAGGGACAGGUCCAGCCCUGAGUCACGUCCUGUGGGGUCAGUGACACCAUUUGAGAAGUGAAACGGCCGCAGGAAAACACACAGCCACCCCACACACGCACAUCCCUUCCAACGUGGCGCAACUGCGUGGGAGCCGGCAGGGCGGCCGUGGGCAUCCUGUAGGAUUGCAGUGGGGAUGUGGGGCCUGGGCAGCAGAAAGACCGAGAAGACAGCAUCCCAAAGACAUCACAGAGGGUGGGACAUGUGGGGUCCCUAUGGCUGCUGACAGGAAGCAGAGGAGCUGGGUGGAGAAAUAGGACAGUGGCAGCGCUUGCAUCACCGGCCCCUUCUGGGGAAUCCGGCCUUGCUGCAGCCCUGACGAGAGCUGCCGUCAUCCAGGGCAUUGGUGGCCAUGGGGCAGCCCCAGUGUGUCAGCCCAGCCAGCACACGAGAGCCAGACUCCAAACAUUGCCCCACUCUGUGCACCACAACGGCCCCAAAACAUCCAAAACCCUGCUGGACCCCACAUUGAUCCCAAAUUGCACCGCCCUGCUGGGCCCCACACCAAUCCCAAAGUGCUGCCCUGCUGGGCCCCACAUUGAUCCCAAAGCGCCGCCCUGCUGGGCCCCACACUGAUCCCAAAGGACCGCCCUGCUGGGCCCCACACUGAUCCCAAAGUGCCGCCCUGCUGGGCCCCACACUGAUCCCAAAGCACCGCCCUGCUGGGCCCCACACCGAUCCCAAAGGACCACCCUGCUGUGUGGUCCACACUGACUCUGAAGCAUGGCCCAACUAAGACCCAUGUUGACCCCAAAGCAUCAUCCUACCAGACACCAUGCUGACCCCAAACCAUGGGCGAAAAGCAUGCUCUGAGCUCUACAAUAAUCAUGGCUCCAUUGCAUUCCAUAUCAACCCCAAAUCAUGGCCCCGCUGCAGUCCAUAUUGAUCCCAAGUCAUGGCUCCACAGUACCUCAUUCUGACCCCAAAUCAUGGCACCACUGAGUCUCAUACUAACCCCAAAACUUGGCCCCAUUAAGCCCCAAAGCACGGGCGCAAAGCACGCUCUGAGAUCUACAGUGACAGCAAAACACCGAGCCCCACAGUGCCCUGCACAACAGCAGAGGUGGUGCCGAUGCCCGCGGCGCUGCGUGCUACAGAUACGAAACUCAGCAAUCUCCAGGCGUGUUGCGAAACGUGGAAAUCCCGCACGGCAGCUGCUUCCUUCCAGCGCUCCUUGAAAAUGCGUCGCUCAGCAGCCGGGCUCAGAGAACCCCAAAGGCAGCGGGAGGAGCAGGAGCACAGCGCUGCAGAUUGCCUUCACCCUCAGGUUUCACACUGGGCACAGAGAUGGCGUUUGUUCCUGACCUGGACGUGCUGGAGAGCAGCAGCCUCAGUGAGGAGACCUUCUACGGCCCCUCCUGCCUCUGUCUUCAGAAGGUAGGGAUGGGAGGGCUCGGUGGCACGGUGGCACGGUGCCAUGGCAGCGCGGGGUGCUCAGCUGCAGCCCUCUCCUUGCAGAAGCCUCGUCUGGAUUCUGAGCACACCGCGGUGGGUGUGCAGGUGACAGUGAGGAAGGGACGCGGUGCCCGGAGCUUCCGGCAGGCUGCCGUGCUGGUGGUGGCCAUGACCAAGCUGCUGCGGAGGCCGACACGCAGGGACUUUGCUGACAGCGACCUGAGCGCUCUCCUGGAGGAGGUUUUUGAGCCCGUCACCUUCCAGCGGCUGGAGAGCAGCUACGCCGGGGCGCCCGCCUUCCGCUACACCCGCUCACAGUCCUUUGAUAUCUUUGACAUCAACCAGAAGUGCUUCGUGCUGGAGUCGCCCACACAGCUGGUGGCCCUGCACCUCCAGGGGCCCUCCUCCAGCCAGAAAGUGAGGCUCAACAUUGCGCUGUACCGGCCCCGAGGCCCACGGGGCAGCGCUGGAGCUGGGCAGACACCAGUGGCACUGGGCAUCAAGGGCUACAAGCUCUACAUGUCGUGCGUGCUGAGCGGCGCCGAGCCCACGCUGCAGCUGGAGGUGAGCAUCCCACGUCCCCAUCCCAUCCCCACUUCCCCACCCGGCUGCCACCGCCACCCGCUGAGCCUCUCCGGGUCUCCAUCACAGGAAGCCGACGUCACGCGAGACAUCGACAGCGCCGAGCUGACCCGCUUCGUCUUCUACCGCCUGGACAGCCCGGCCGAGGGCACCACGCGCUUCGAGUCGGCCGCCUUCCCCGGAUGGUUCAUCUGCACCUCCCUGCAGCCCCGCCAGCCCGUGGGCAUCACCAACCGACCCGACCAGGUCAACAUUGCCACCUACAAGCUGAGUGGGCGCUGACUGCCCGCCCCAAACCCAAACCGGCCCGUUGCUGGUUUCCAUGCUGUAUGUACCGAGUACAAGCCCUGCUGCCCCGCCACGCUGUUCCACGUGGAAUAGCUGCUCUGGGCCCCGUGGGCCCGAGUCACACAUUGUUUCGUUACCGUCCUGUUGCUUUUAACUUAUAUUUUUUACCGUAAUUAUGAUGGUUUUUGUUUCAUCUCCCCUUCUUGGGGCGGAGGUAUUUAUUGUAACUGGAGAAAUAAAAGCUUCCCUGUGGACGCGUGUCUCAGCGUGUGCCUCUGGGGAUCAGUGGGGGCGGUUCAGGCUGGAGGAGAUGCGUUCCCACAGCAGGCAGCAGGGCAGGGCCCGGCACCCCACGCCCAGGGCGCCUCCUGGGGGCAAAGACUGGGGACUGCUGCACCCCUCAGCACCCCCCAACACCCUCCCGAGCCCUU